UCUCUUCUUAAGGAUUCUUCUCUGGCAGCAUCAGACUUGUAGAGAAGAUGGGGUGUGUUGAACCUGACUUAGGAAAGAUGGAUGAAAUAAAAGAAAAUCAACCUGGCCAAAUUGAAGAGGAUUAAUCUAGAAAAGGAGUUAUGCCACCAGAAGAUCACAAACUUGCUGGACGAACAGGCUUCUGCUGGGAUCUCCUGGAGGGCUGAGUAACGCAGGUGGUGAUUAUUCUGCUGAAAACAAGGCUGGUCCCGAGACCUCCAGAAAGCUAAUCAGAACAUUACAUAGUGGGGCCUGAUCGGGGACUAAGGAACCACAUCCCACUGACAAGACUUGGAAAGAGAGUCACUGAUAGAAGAGAAGAGGCAACAACCAAUUGGAAAGACAACAUGAUGGUCUCAAAUAACCUACAAAAUGUCGUCCACAAUCCGGUGAUUCCGUAUGUUGGUACACUUUCUGAGGAGCUGGGGUCUGGGAAAUUGGUUAUUAUCCAUGGUUGUGUGCCCAGUGAUGCAGACAGGUUCCAGGUGGAUUUCCAGUAUGGCAACAGCGUGAAGCCCCGAGCUGAUGUGGCUUUCCACUUUAACCCUCGGUUCAAAAGAUCAGGCCACAUUGUAUGCAACACCCUGACGAGAGAGAAGUGGGGAAGGGAAGAGAUCACCUAUGACAUGCCAUUUGAAAAAGGAAAACCUUUUAAGAUCAUGUUUAUGGUACUGAAGGACAAGUUCCAGGUGGCUGUGAAUGGAAAACAUCUCUUGCUCUACGAACAUAGAAUUAAGCCAGACAAAAUAGAUACCCUGGGAAUUUAUGGCAAAGUACAGAUUAAGAAAAUUGAAUUUCCCAAUAACAUGUCUUUAGAAGGAAACCAAGCAACUUCUUUGGGAACAGUGAAUAUGAAUUCAAGUAAUGUACAAACAUCUGCGGUGUCACAAUUUACACUUCCUUAUGUUGCACGGUUGAACUCUCCAGUGAAGGCUGGGCAAACCAUUGUCAUCAAAGGAGAAGUGAAGAAAAAUCCAAAGGGAAGCUUUUCUAUUGACUUCAUAGCAGCCAGUACAAAUGACAUAGCUUUGCAUUUGAACCCCCGGCUAAAUGCUAAAGUAUUUGUAAGAAAUUCUUUUCUCUGUGAAAGCUGGGGAGAAGAAGAAAGAAGUAUUACACACUUUCCAUUCAGCCCAGGGAUGUAUUUUGAGAUGAUCAUUUACUGUACUACCAACGAAUACAAAGUUGCCAUAAAUGGAGUCCAUGCCUUUAUAUACAAACAUAGAUUUAAGGAACUUGACAGAAUUGACACACUGAAGAUCGAUGGAGAUAUUAAUUUAUUAGAUAUAAGGAGCUGGUAGUUGGAGUCCCAAGAGCAAAAUCAUAACAUGACUUACAUAGUAGGUGCCUUUUAACACUAUCAAUGUGAAAUUCUUCUCUGUUGUUCACUUUCCUUAUUUUGUCAAGUUACCUUUCAUAAUAUAAAAAUUGAAAAAGGUAUUUUUAAGAAUUAUCCCUAAAACACAGCUUAGACUGGAAGAGGAAGAAGAAAUCUGUGGCACAGCGGGUAUUAUAGGUACUCUUGGUGGUUUUUGAUUCAUUCCCCACCAGAGGCUCCUCUUUCCCCUCUUUCUUUUUUCCUAUUUAUCCACCUACUCCUCCCCCUUUUUCCCUUUUCCUUGUCCAUGAUUUAACUGCUGGGGCAAUCAGGAUUAAAAAGGAUUGCUAAAUUCUAUUCUAAAAGAAUCCAAAACCAGUCUAAAUUGAACUAUAUUUAUAGGAUCUGGCUUAAAAAUUGCUAAUAAUCUGAUGCUUUAAUUUUGGCUUUUAUGAUGCAUACAGAAUACACUUAAUAGCUAACUAUUCCAAAUUAAAAAAAGAAAAAAAAAAGAAAAAAAAGCAUGACUUGUAGUUAAUUCCUUUGUUAUAAUAUCCAUUUAGAUUGUACUGUAGCCUUACAUAACUCAUCCAUUAUGUAGAAAAGUAAGAAUAAUAAAUCGCCUGAAAUGGUUAAUUUAUUUGAAUUUGAAUGCAUAUAUUUAUGAGUCUAGAACUAAUGACUACUUUUCACAUAGUUAUAAUUCAAAUACAUGUGACCAUAUUAAGUGAUUCAGUAUUCAGACUAAUCAGGACCUAGCUGUAAUACUUUAGCUAUUAAGUACAGUAAAUGAGCCAAAGUUUAAAAAAAAACAAAAAAACUAAUUGCUCUUGAAUCUAGGUUGCAGUUGUAUCUACAUAUCAUAGAUAGAAAGAAAUAGGCUGAGGGUGUUUUUUUUGUGAAUGAAGAAAUACCAAUUUCAGAAAAAUCUACAUUUUAAAUAUAUGAAUGAUCUUUCAUUCGUUUUCAUUAUAGUUCCUUGUGGACCUAAAAAUUACUUGAGUACACAUCCAGGAACUUAUGAUGAUUCCAUUAUAAAGUAGCAUGUCUAUUUGAAUUUUAUUUUUAAUAGUUUUUGGUGGAGUGAGAGUACCAUGUACCAUCAAGAUCAGAUUUUCUACAUAUAUGCCAUCUUGAAGGUUGAUAGAGCAGAUGCUAUCAGAAAAUGCAGUCUUUUUGAGAAACGACUGUGUGGUAGAAGUGAUGAGCUUGUUUGCAUGAACUUUUUACCACUCAAAAUCUUACCCCAUCCUCUCAUUAGUAACAGUUCCAAAAACAGCUCUACUCAAUGUGAUUAUAUUGAAACCUAUAUUACUAAGUUGAGGUGCUUUACAUUUUUAGCUUUAGUAUUUCCCUCAAAGCUUGCUUCCAAAGUAACCUACUCAUUAUAAGUCAAAUCAUGUAGCAAAUUUCAAGCACAUUUCUUCAGUACUGAUUUUUAUUUGAUGAAAUGCUCUGGUGAAGAGACGCCAAAGAAGUGGCACUUAAAAGGGUAACUCUGGUCUCCUUGUUGAUCUUUCUAGACAAAGUAGCAAAAGCUCAAUUUUUGCCUCAAAACUUUCUCUUCACUAAGUAAGGGCUGAGAGUCUAUAGAAAUAAUGAAAGAAAUGUAAUUAUAUUGAAUGUUAGUAAUAAAGCACAUAUGGAACAACUAAAUAAUUCUUAUGAAUCUUUUUGUAUAGUAUGAAUUAUAAAAUCCUCAAUAAUUCCUGUAAGAAAUUUGUGUGCAUACAUAAAUACAUAUGUAUGCAUAUGCAUAUAUAUAUAAAUUAAUGUUCUUGAAAAACCUGUAAGCUUUGAGGUGUGGCUGGGGAUUAAAAAUGAACCUUUUCUUUUCCUUUCUUAAAAGAUCAUAGCUAACUGUAAUCAAUGUAUAAUGCUUAGAAUUUAAAAUAAAGUGCUUUUUUGGGGAGACUCAAUGCUUUUUAACACUUUUUAAAAAUUACCUAAAUCUACUUUGAAAAUUUUAAAUUACCUUCUAUAUGUAAAAGACCUGUGAUUUCAUCAGGAUAGAUUAAUCCUGUGUAUGUGUUAACUCCCUUCCCUAAAGCAAACAACAGUACUAAUAUGAUUUAGUGCUAAAUCUUUGUCUAAAGAUGAGUCUCAGCUAGUAGGUAAUGGUGUUUAGAGUCAAAAUAGCCUGAGUUCAAACCUGGCUUCACAUUCUUAACAGCUGUGUGAUCCUGGGCAAGUCAUUUAACCUCUGACUCAAUUUCCUCAACUGUAAAAAGGUGAUAAUAAUAGUACCUGCCUCAAGGGUUGUUGUGGAUCAAACAACAUGAUAUUUUAAAGGAUUGGCAUAGUGUUUAUACACAUUGGGUGCUUAAUAAAUGCCCAUUUCCUUUUUUCCUUUCAAAUUCAGUAUUCUGUGUCAUGACCAAAAUAUAUGUGUUUGAUAAAAUGAUAAUUCUGCUAAGAAAGGAAUGAAUUCAGGGAGGUGCUAGCAGAAAGUAGUUUACCUUAGGUUUUCAGCCAAUUCCAGGACAGCAAUCAAAGUGGUAAAUUGAACCUAAAAUGAAGAAAAAAUUAGUUUCUUUUCCUCCCCACUUUUAAUUUGAACAAUCAAACUUUGUAAAACCUGUUUCUUUCCUUCUCCUCUCUUCUCCUAAAGAGCAGCCAAUUUAAUGCAGGUUCAAUUCUUCUAAACAUAUUUCCACAUUUUUUCAUGUUGAGCAAAAAAAAAAAUCAGAUCCAAAAAGGAAAAAAAAAACACUACAAAGAAAAAACAAACAACAAAAAGAGGUGAAAAUAUUAUGUUUUGAUCCACAAUCAGUUACCAUAGUUUGUCUCUCUGAAUUUGGUGCUUCCCAUACCAAGUCUAUCUGAAUUGAAUCACCCCCUUGUUGAAAAGAGCCACAUCCAUCAUAGCUGAUCAUUGAAUAAACUUUUUGUUACUAUGGACAA